GUUUGGGGAGGAAAGGCCGCGGCUAUUCUUCGUUGACCUAGGGUCCCGGGAUUGAGACAGGCCCUGCCCCCAGGUCCUCGCAGCUGCCCUGAAAUUCGGCCCGUUAGCGGCAACCGACACCGGAGAGAAAAACAGCUUCUCCAGCAGGGGGAGGGAGAGGAAACGGCGCACAAAAAGCAGUGCGACUUGUCCCUUACCGCCGUCUAAGAAGGGUGGGGAAAAAAGGAAACAGAAGCGGGCCACGCUCAAGGGCUCCCGCCCGAGCGGCUUUUAAACUGCGUUUCCACCACCUCUCGCAGGGCGCCGCGGCUAAUGGAACCCGCGCGAGGCGUCCCGCCAAUCACCGCCGCGCUUCCUCCGGCCGCGGGCCAAUGGCAGCGCGCCUUCUUGGGGCGUGGGCGAAGAGGCUCCUCUCCUCUGGCCGUGGUGUGUGGGCUGGGGUUGGUGCGGACUCCUGGCUUGGUCGCACUGGGCCGCACUUGUCCUGCAGGGGCUUUUGUGUCCGCCUUUGGCUCGGCUUUGUGUGCGCGGGUUUCCGCUGGGCUUCGAGGCGCCAGUCCCGGCUGGGAGCCGUGAGGCUCGGAGGCGGGAGCGCGGCCCCCCCCCCCCCGGGCGAGGAGCGAGCGCGCCGGCGUGAGCGGAGGGUGUGAGGGCUGCGGGGAAGGGGAUUCGCCGCCGAGAUGCCGGAGUUCCUGGAAGACCCCUCGGUCCUGACGAAAGAGAAGUUGAAGAGUGAGUUGGUCGCCAACAAUGUGACGCUCCCGGCCGGGGAGCAGCGCAAAGACGUGUAUGUGCAGCUCUACCUGCAGCACCUCACGGCGCGCAACCGGCCGCCGCUCGCCACCGGCGCCAACAGCAAGGGGCCCCCGGACUUCUCCAGCGACGAGGAGCGCGAGCCUACCCCGGUCCUCGGCUCCGGGGCCGCCGUCGCGGGCCGCAGCCGCGCCGCCGUCGGCAGGAAAGCCACAAAGAAAACUGAUAAACCCAGACCAGAAGAUAAAGAUGAUCUAGAUGUAACAGAGCUCUCUAAUGAAGAUCUUCUGGAUCAGCUUGUGAAAUACGGAGUGAACCCUGGUCCUAUUGUAGGAACAACCAGGAAACUAUAUGAGAAAAAGCUGUUGAAGCUGAGGGAACAAGGAACAGAAUCUAGAUCUUCUACUCCUCUGCCAACAAUUUCUUCUUCAGUGGAAAAUACAAGACAGAAUGGAAGUAAUGACUCUGACAGAUACAGUGACAAUGAAGAAGACUCUAAAAUAGAGCUCAAGCUUGAGAAGAGAGAACCACUAAAAGGCAGAGCAAAGACUCCGGUAACACUCAAGCAAAGAAGAGUUGAGCACAAUCAGAGCUAUUCUCAAGCUGGAGUAACUGAGACUGAAUGGACAAGUGGAUCUUCAAAAGGCGGACCUCUACAGGCAUUAACUAGGGAAUCUACAAGAGGGUCAAGAAGAACUCCGAGGAAAAGGGUGGAAACUUCAGAACAUUUUCGUAUAGAUGGUGCAAUAAUUUCAGAGAGUACUCCCAUAGCUGAAACUAUAAUGGCUUCAAGCAACGAAACCUUAGUUGUCAAUAGGGUGACUGGAAAUUUCAAGCAUGCAGCUCCUAUUCUGCCAAUCACUGAAUUCUCAGACAUACCCAGAAGAACACCAAAGAAACCAUUGACAAGAGCUGAAGUGGGAGAAAAGACAGAGGAAAGAAGAAUAGAAAGGGAUAUUCUUAAGGAAAUGUUUCCCUUUGAAGCAGCUACACCAACAGGAAUUAGUGCUAGUUGCCGCAGACCAAUCAAAGGGGCUGCUGGCCGGCCAUUAGAACUCAGUGAUUUCAGGAUGGAGGAAUCUUACUCAUCUAAAUAUAUUCCUAAGUAUGUUCCCUUGGCAGAUGUCAAGUCAGAAAAGACAAAAAAGGGACGCUCCAUUCCCAUGUGGAUAAAAAUUGUGCUCUUUGUUGUUGUGGCCGGUUUUUUGUUUCUGGUCUAUCAAGCCAUGGAAACCAAUCAAGGAAAUCCAUUCUAUAAGUUUCUAUCUAAUAACUCUAAAAAAGUCAACUGAAUGAAAUGUCUUUGGCACAUUCAACUUGGUCUCCUAUUUUUAAUAACUGUAUCAAAAAAGCAUUUGUGUACACUUGUUGACUCAAGAACAAAAAAAAUGUGAUUUCACCUCAAUAAAUGUAGUAUUCCAUUGAAAGCAAGCAAGAUAUAUAAAUGGACUUCAUUUAAUGUUUUGGAACUUUGGACUAGUAGGAGAUCACUUCGUGCCAUAUGAAUAACCUUUUUUAGCUCUGGAACUUUUUUGUAGGCUUUAUUUUUUUAAUGUGGACAUCUUUAUUUCUUUUUUGAGAAAAAUGUAUAUUGUUUUUGUGUAUUUGGGAAACAAGAAGGGCAAAACAUGGCAGUAUAAUGUGAAGCUACACAUUUAAAUACUUUGAAUUCUUACAGAAAAGAUUUUAAGAACUACUCUCUACUGAAUAAAAACUAGAGAUAUGGGAAAUGUGAGAUUCAGUAAGAGAAAAAGUAACUUGGGAUUCUACUUUUUGUAACUGCAACAAAGUUUGAUGGUGUUUAUGGGGGAAAGUACCAGGAUAAUCUCUUCUGUAACCUUUCUUAAUAGUAAUGUGUUUGUUGUAGCCCUAUUGUACUCACUUUUUAAAAGAUAACUAGUAUCAUGAAUGUCCUACUUCAGUAAGACCCAUUUAAAUGACAUUGAUUUUAGCAGGAGUCUGUCAGUGCAACAUAUGUGUGUUCUAGAGAACUGUUAGCUGGCUGUACAUGUUUUUAAAGACUGUUUGGCUAGCUAUAAGGCUAUAAUUGGAAACUUGUACUUUUUAUUUACAGGACGUUUAUUCUAUCAAUCCAGUUUGUUUACCAAAAUACUUUUUAGAUAAAUAAGUGUGUGUGUGUGUGUGUGUGUGUGUGUGUGUUUAGAAGUUAGAAAUUUUAAACAGCAGUCUUAGUUUCCAUUUGGAUUCAUUACUGAAUUAUCUUCUGUUACCAAAAACAAAUUUUGCCAAGGUUUUUUGCCCUAUAUUUCCCAACAUAAUUUGAUUUGAAAGUGCAAAAAGGAUGUGCUUUUAAGCUACAUUGCAAACUUUCCUUGGAUACACAGUAGUUAACACAUAAAUUUAUAAACUCUGAAAUUAAGGCGGGCAUUAUGAUUUUUGUUUACUCUUGAAAUGGUUAAUUUUAUCCUUGUGGUUGAUUUAUUUUUUUAGCUAAAACUUACCUCAUGUAUAACUUUGGUAAAGUAGUGGGUAAUUGAAAUUUCUAUAGAAUGAAGUAAAACAAAAAUUUUGACUUAAUCAUUUGUUUCAACUUUACAGUCAUUGACAAUAAAGCACAUUAAAAAUGUAAGUUAUUUUUAAAUAUCAUCUGAAAUAGAUACUUUUUAAAAAGAAAAAGCUGAAGAUGUAUAUUUAGAUCAGCACACAAUUUUGAUUUGCAUCAGCCCUUGUGUGACAUUUAGCUUUUAGAUAUUUUGUAGACAUUUUCCACUUACUUUGCAAUUGACCAGGAACAUUUGCAGGUCUGGUCUCUGCAAAGGCAGUGGGAAACUUACUCUUAGGUGAGAAAUGCUUGCCUCUCCAAGUAAAAGUAUUUUGAGAUGAGCCACAGAGGGAGUACGUUUUAUUCAGCGUUGCCUCUAUACAGUAAUAGCAGUCUACUUUUACUUACUUUGUUUGUAAACUAUGUUUCCCAUCUUUUGUUUAUAAUUAGAAAUUGUGAGAAGCUGCAUUUAAUGUUCAGAAAUGUGGGAGGAUAAAUCAGACUUAACAUGUAUGUGAGAUCAGUUUUCUAGUAGAAAAGGUAUGGUCCAAACUAGCAAAAGUAGGACUGGGUAAAACAUGUAGUCUUUUUUUUUUUUUAUGUGUACUUGGUCUUUUGUCUGUGUCUGUUUAAUUCCACUAGAAUAAAUGUGUCCUUGAUGUAAAUGCAAAGCAUUUCUUCCUGAUUAAAAUUGUAGAUGUAGACUUUACAGUAUAAUUCAAUAAUAAAAAAGUAAUUAACCUCUA